AUGGACCCUUAACUCGGCUGGAAGCACGGAAGGAAGGAACACUUAUCCAACGAGGGCAAACGAGAGGGACCGAGCAGAAGCGAAACGCUGUGCGCAGAAAACAACCCCGUGGCUGCGGCAGCUGAGGAGAGCCUGCGCGUCUCCAAAACAACUGGCCGUCCGACUCAAAUGCUCUCUAAGCGACAAGUUUCACUUUCCACAUGCGGAUGGGUGACUUUUCACGGCACUUUGUGAGGAGGAGAUGAUGAAGAAUUUCAGCAGCAGUUCCCUUCACAGCAACAACAACCAGACUCCCAACCACGUUAGAGAGCGAAACAACAGAAAGUACAGCUUACUCUCUGCCCUACCGCUGCGAUUUUCCUUGCGAGGUUAUGGUUUCUGCAUGGCUACGCUGUUCCUCUUCUGUUUCGCCUCUCUGUUUUACCAGCUGAACGGAGGACCCCCAAAAAUCCUGCUGGACAUCCGACAGUAUCUCGGUGAAUCCACAUUUCUGGAAGACCACGGCCCUCCUGCUCCAAAUGUGCUCCCGUUCCCCAGCCAGGUGGUUUAUAACCGUGUAGGGAAGUGCGGCAGCCGGACGGUGGUCAUCCUGCUGAGAUUACUGGCUGAGAAACACCAGUUCAACCUUGUCUCCUCUGACAUCCACAAUAAAACACGCCUCACGAAACAUGAACAGGUUGAUCUCAUGAAAAACAUCAGUAAUAUCCCACAGCCAUUCCUCUACACACGGCAUGUUCACUUCCUCAACUUUACCAGGUUCAGGAUAGAGCAGCCGGUCUAUAUCAACAUAAUCCGGGACCCUAUCAACCGGUUCCUCUCAAACUACUUCUUCCGUCGCUUUGGUGACUGGAGGGGUGAACAGAACCACCUCAUCCGAACUCCAGGGAUGAAAGAUGAUGAGAGAUACCUGGAUAUCAAUGUGUGCAUUCUAGAGAAUUACCCAGAGUGCUCUAAUCCCAGAGUCUUCUACAUUAUUCCAUACUUCUGUGGACAGCAUCCUCAAUGCAGGGAGCCGGGGGUAUGGGCUCUGGAGAGGGCCAAACAGAAUGUGCAGGAGAACUACCUGCUUGUUGGUAUCCUGGAGGAGCUGGAGGAUGUUCUGCUCCUGUUGGAGAGGCUCUUACCUCAUUACUUUACUGGAGUACUCAGCAUCUACAAGAGCCCUGACUAUAAGAAGAUGGGGAAUAUGACAGGCACAGUACGUAAACACACGCCCACUCUGGAGGCGCUGCAGGUGCUCUACCACCGCAUGCGCUACGAGUAUGAGUUCUACAACUUCAUCCGAGACCAGUUCCAUCUUAUGAAGAAAAAGAUUGGCCUCAAGUCCGUCUCCCAGCCCCCUGCCCACUCACCCUCUUUCCUCCGAGAGCUGGCCCUUCGAACCCCGGAGCCUCUGGAUGAAGACGAGGAGUUCGACACAGACCUGGAGGAUGCCAACAGCUGGCUGGUCCAUCCCUAAGAGCGGUGUGGCGAACAGUGGACGUAGCCAAAAGAAGCUAAUUGGCUGGAGAUAGCUGGAGGCAGCCUGAGGGCUAAGGGGGCAUUCCCGUCCUUCAGGAUUCCUAAGAAAAGUGAUGUAUGUUUAGGGGUGUAUGGAUUCUGACGCUCGUGUUUUUACGGGCUCUACUUUCCAUUGGCAAUAGACUCCUUUCAUAACAGGCUCAGCACUGAGGACUAUGGGUUGAGUAAUUGGAAGGACAAAAUGCUCUAUUUAAAAGUUGGACAGUGAGAACAAUUGUUUAGCUCAAUUUGCUUAACUCAAGUUUUGUUUGAACUUGAGCUUGUUUUUGAGCCCUUUUAUGGAAAAAAGAGAAGACAUCAUUGCUGUAAUCUCCAGGAGAGAUUAUUUUAAGAUGUGAAGGGCUAAAUGUGUUGGGAAAUAUUCUUAGUGUUGGUUUACUGUAAGAAAGGACUUCCUAGACAUAGCCUAAAAAAGAGGUUCAUGCUUUUUUAAAAGGUGUGUGUCCUAACAGCUGGAAUGGGAAAUGGGAUCCACGAAUAAAAUAGUACCAAAACCCUUUUAUGUGUAUUAGUUGUCUAGGACUGUUGUAAGUGCCAAACCUCACUAAGAGUUCCAAUAACUGACAGAAAACCUUUGUGCACAGCUGGGGGGGUUGUGACAUAAGUCAGUUGAUAUAGUAUUGGUUAAUACAAAAAAAUUCAAUUUGUAAGAUAUUAUUAGGUAUAAAUGAGGGUUAGAAAGUAAGCACUAAAUUAUGAAUUCAAAGAAUUCAACUGUGUGUGCAUGAAUGAUUGAGUUUGACCAACCAGCAGUGUAUUUUAGCAUAGAUUUAUUAUUCGGGACAGGCGUUUUGUUCAGAGAUAAACACUAAAAAGCAUUUAUGGAGCGCAGUGUUUUUAAUCCAAAGUUUUAAAGAUUGAGUUUGCCAAAUACCAGUGUUUCUACUGCGAUGCAUUACUAAACUGUAUGAAUAUACUGUACUUUUCUGAGGUGAAAUUCUGAAGCAUAAUGAGCGGAUUGGUCACAAUACUGGAUACUAAUUUGCCUUUCAUUUAAAAUUGGAUCAUUACUGUUUAAGGGUUGUUGUCUCUCUAAAACGUGUAAUCCUCCAGCAGCUAUCUAGAGUGCAUGAUGUACCAAUCAUCCAGAGAACAGUUACCAUAAGCUAUUAUGUUUCAGUCAUCUAUGUAGUUCACUAUUCCAUCCCAAUCUCCAUUGUCUGUACCUUUUCAUUGUCCUGGUUUGUCUUCAGUGUUUCCUUUUUUGCCAGUUUAAUUUAUUAUGUUGUAUUCCUUUGCGUUCCAGACAAGAUUCUCAGGAAGGAAAAAAUAUGUUUAAUAACUUGAUCAUGUGUAUCCUUGGUUUCUGGCGGCUAUGAAACUAUUUAAAAAAUGUUAAGGUUUUCAUAUCAACAGCUGAAAACUUGUUAACAACUAAUGCAGUUCAUUAUUUUACAGUCUUCAAAAUAAAUGUCUUCUAACUAUUGCA